AUGGAUAUAAAUGAUAAAUGCGCAAUAAAGGGAACAGUACAACCUCUCACUCCUAUAUCAUCAUUUUCAAAAUCGUUAAGAGGAAAGAAUUUAACUGGAACUGUUCGUCAUUUGCGAGAUUUAGCAGCUAAUGUUCAUGGGAUUAUUCAACAAUGGAAUAAUAAUACUCUUGAAGGAGUGAACAUCUUAAAAGCUAUAAUACAAGAAAAAUCCAAUGGAAAUUAUACCAUUCAAUUACAAGAUUACUGUGAUAAUCUUGAGGAACUUUGCCAUACCUUGGAUAAUUCAGUAAAAAAUUUGGAACAAAUAGUACAUCAGAUAAAUGCUCUAAUAACAUUGGAUAAAACUACAACGAAAUUAUUUACAACUUGGCCAAUAUCUGAAUUUGGUCGUACAGUGGAAAUGAUACAUACUAAUUAUAGCAAUGAAAUGCGAAUGAAAUAUGAAGUUUUGGAAAAUAUUGCUCAUUGUCGUACAGAAUCACAAAAAAUGUUAUACCUCUCCACGUGGAUAUAUCAACCUUUGUUAUCAAAAAAUGUAACAAUAUUAUUAGAAGCAAUGCUCACAGAAACUGGACAUAGAUAA